ACCCAACAACCCCCUUUAGAACAUCAUCACCAGCAUCAGAGGCUGCUUUGUACGUGUAAAAUUUAUUGGUUUUUGCUAAUUUAAACAACAAAACGUCAUUAUCUGCGGCAUCUUCAUCAUGUCCUUGGUGCAGCAGCUGUUAAAUUAUAAAUACUUAACCCAAGAACAUCUCAAUGGCUUUGAUAAUUACAAGUACAGUGCACGCGAUACUUCACCAUUGAGUGUGUAUGUAAUGCAUCCCUUUUGGAAUUGGACCGUCAAGUUUUUUCCACGAUGGCUGGCUCCGAAUGUCAUGACUUUUUUGGGUUUUCUCUGUACAGCUAUGAAUUUCUUUCUGCUGUCCUAUUACGAUUGGAAUUUCUUUGCCAGUUCGGGGGUAGAGGGCACUACGCCCAUACCCUCAUGGGUUUGGCUGUGCACAGCGAUAAACAUAUUCCUGGCCUAUACACUGGACGGCAUCGAUGGCAAACAGGCCAGACGUAUAGGUUUGUCGGGGCCUUUGGGUGAAUUGUUUGAUCAUGGAUUAGAUUCGUAUACAGCUGUAUUGAUACCCACAUGUUUGUAUAGUAUAUUUGGUCGUGCCUCACUGUAUUCGGUGGCACCCAUGCGUAUGUAUUAUGUGUGCCUGAUGGUGUUCUUCAAUUUCUAUGUGUCGCAUUGGGAGAAAUAUAAUACGGGUGUAUUGUAUUUACCCUGGGGUUAUGAUUUGAGCAUGUGGGGCUCAACAGCUAUGUACCUGAUCACAUGGUGGUGUGGCUUUGAAUUUUGGAAAUGUGAAUUACCCUUUGGUAUACCAUUGGGUAGUGCCAUUGAGUUUGUGCUGCACAUAAGUGCCAUGGCCAAUAUGCCCAUGGUGGUGGUAAAUGUUUACAAUUCUUAUGCUCAACGUACUGGUAAAAUGCGUAGCUUUAAGGAGGCCAUACGUCCCAUGUGGCCAUUUUUAACCUACAUGGGUUUGCUAAUACUGUGGCCUCACAUAUCCCCUAACAAUAUUAUGGAAAGGGAUCCCAGAGUCUUGUUUAUGUUGAGUGGCACCAUAUUUUCCAACAUCAGUUGCCGCUUAAUUGUUUCCCAAAUGUCCAAUACACGCUGUGAAAGUUUCCACUGGAUGACACCCGUCUAUGUCAUCUGUAUUGCCAUGGGUCUGUGGUUGCCAAGCUUAGAACGUUUUAUGUUGUACUUUUUAUUCAUAGUGACCACAUUGAGUCACUGGCAUUACGGUUCAUCGGUGGUAAAUCAAAUGUGUGAACAUUUUAAUCGCAUAUGUUUUAGUGUGCACAUGCGUAAGCCAGCAGAAACCUUCAACUCCUCAUCCUCCUCCUCCUCGCUCAAAGUAAAUGGUGAUAAUUUAGGAAGUACAGCAACAAUAAAUUCUAAUACUCCUUUAAUAACCCAAACCAAAUUGUCCUCUUCAUCAGCAUUGUCUUCUACUUCCAAUUUGGCUGAAUCUUCUAAGAAAUUAGAAUAAUAUUUUUAGUUAUUUAAGUUUAAAGAUUCAUUUUCAGGUUUUUUUUAUUCAUUUCGUUUUUUGUAACAAAUUUGCACAAAGUUUUUUUUUAUUUUUAAUUUUUAGUUUAUUUAUUAUGGAGGCUGUAAAUUUGAGAUUAUGGCUUAAGCUUUUAUUUUAAUAUUAGUUUAGGUAGUUUGUUUUU